CCGUGUUACAAGCUAGUCACCGACCGCUCUGUCAACUGAAGAGCUAGUUGGAGAAGAUUUAGAGAAAAUGGCCUCACCAUCCCAAGCGGACGAUGACGAGGAGGCAGAAGAAGUCCAGUUUAUAUCAGAGGGCCCUCUGAGACCAGUGUUGGACUGUAUUGAUCUGCUAAGUGACAGUGAAGAUGAGGGCUGUUCAUCUCUGCCAGUCAAGAUUGAAGACAAUAUCACACGACACAAAGCGCGCGUCACGUCUACACUUGACCGACUGGCCCAUAAAGUAGCUCUAGAGAAAAAAGAGAGAGCAAAUAAAUGUAAAGCAUUCAAGGAAAAACAAAUCUUACAAAAAGCUCGCGGACAGCGGGAGCUGGCUGUAAAUUCUACAAACGGACUGACUCAGGAAGCAAAGCGCUGCGUGGACAUGUGGCUGAAGAUGCCCGGUGUUAAACCAGGUGGGAACAGUUCUGGUUCAGGCAGAAGACAAAAUGCUUCCACUUUCCCUGGAAACAGUUCAACUAGACGCACUUGUCCAGUGAUCAACUGCGGUCGUGUUUAUGACAACAUUCCCCUCCUUGACGGGCACCUAAAAAGGUUCGAUCACUCUCCUUGUGACCCAGCGAUCCACCUCAGAGGAAGUCCAUCUGAGCUCUUUGCUUGUGUUACUUGUGCCAAACAUUUUCAAAGCAAAGAAGACUGGAGAAAACAUGUGCAAUCAAAAGUAAACUCAUCGAACACAGAUGGGCACAGCAUGGAUCAGAAAUAUCAGCGGAUUGUUUGUUUCGCAUGUCCUGCAUGCUACCUUCUCUUCAACCUCAGAGAUGAGUGUCUUCAGCACAUGUCGGCGAAGAACCACUUCAGUGAAUCAUUCUCAUUUACUGAGAGCAAAAGAGCAGCGCAGCCAGUUCCUGUCCCACAACUUGUUAAGAACCACCUCAUCGCUUUGUGCAAGGAUGUAGCGUUCACUGUCCGGUGCUCUUUGUGCCACAAGGUGCUCAUCUCACAUCAAGCAGCUCAAGCUCAUUUUAACGUGCAGUGCAGACACGGCUGUGCUGUGGUCAAGGCUGACAAAACAAUAGUGGAAUUUAUGAAACAGCUUUGCGCGUGUGGACAGUGUUGUCUCUGCUCUGAAAUCUUCCUCUGCCACGCUGAAAUUGAGAGACACAAAGAAUCUUUGCAGCAUGACGUUGAGGUCACUCAAUCGAUGGCUAAAGCCCUUCUUCUGUACUGUAGGUUUACUGAAAUUCGGCGUACUAAAGAGGCACAGGGGAAAAGGAUGUCAUAUGGCCUUAAGACACCUUUUCAAAUGAACAAUAAGAGGAGUGAAAGUGGUAGAUCUUCAGCUAAACGACAAAAGCUAAGUCCAUGCGUGAAUGCCAGCAGCAGCAAGAACUCGUUUGUUUGGUUUUGCGAGUGUGGCCUCCAGUUUUCAGAAGAGGCUCCAGCCACGAACCAUCUUCUGGCUGCGAACCAGAUUUUCUAUCAGUGUGGUGUCUGUGGCAAGCACAUGGGUGAGUCUUCAAUCACCCGCCUGCACAUGAGUCGCAUCCAUGGGGGAGCACAUCUCUCCAGCUUCCUGUUUUUCUGCCGAAAGUGCCGUGUGGAAAUGCCCCGGUAUGAAGAUAUCAUGUCACACGUGUCAGAGGUCCACAGAGGACACACCUACGUCACUGAGAAGGAAGUUCCCUCUGAUCUCAUGUCUGCUCUUGAUGCUAAACCUUCCACUAGCAACAAAGUCGACCUGGUUUCUGUGUCCAAAGCCCAGCGGAACACGAUGGGGACAUCAUCCUCAAACGUGGACCAUACGUGGAUGUGUAGGAUGUGCGAGGACAUUUUUGACUCUGAGGCAGAAGUACGCAAGCACUGCAGUGACGUGAACAGCCAUAACUUUCAGAGAUUUGUCUGUGGACACUGUCCGCAAAAGUUCUUCAAAGAGUCCACUGUUCGGAGACACUGCAUGAACGAGCAUGGCGGAGAGAUAAAGAGUUCCUAUUUCUGCGGUCUCUGCGACAGCAUGCAGUUUGAAUCUGAAGGUGAGUUCAUGGAGCAUUACAGGAGUCUUCACAGUAAGGAUUACUGCUGUAUGAAUGAUGCGGAAGUUGUUCAGACCUCUGCUGCUGAAGGAACCGCUCAGCUGACCUGCUCAUGCAUGGGUUCAGAAGAAAGCAAGGAUGAAAUGAAAGCGACAUACACUCGCUGCAUGAGGAAUCUGUCUGCUGAGGGGAGAUGUCAGUACGUGUGCGCUCCUUGCUGUGUGUCUGUGCAGUCCUAUGCACAGAUGAAGACUCACAUCCACACAAAACAUGCAGCCUUGAACCUGGACAAGACCUUCGAGGUAGAAUGCAAAGAGUGUCCGGAGAGUUUUACAUGUGUGCCAAGUUUCCAUAAACAUUAUCACUCCCAGCACUGUGUACUGGAACCCUGUGUGAGCUCCAGGAUCAGCAGGAAGGACUCGAGCACCGAACCAUCCACUGUGAAGAUAAUCAAUGCUUUGGAGAUCAAACCAGCUCAUGAAGAGAUUGAAGAUGAAAAACUGGUGAAGUUUUUGAAGGACUAUCCAGACAACAGUGAGAAAGAAGCAUGUGGAGAUUAA